AAUAAAGUGGUGACUGUUGACGAUGUAAAGGUCAAGCUACAGAUUUGGGACACCGCAGGACAGGAGAGGUUCAGAAGUGUGACACUUGCAUAUUACAGAGAUGCUCACGCUCUUCUCCUGCUCUACGACAUCAGCAGCAGAACCUCCUUUGACAACAUAAGGGCGUGGCUAACAGAGAUCCAUGAGUAUGCACAAAGUGAUGUAGUCAUCAUGUUGCUGGGCAACAAGGUAAGAAGGACUUGUUUGAGAGGCUCAGCAACGAAAAAGUCUUGAGAAAAUAGAAAUGGAUGUGAUCUGUUGUGAAACCUGACUGAAUGCUGUGGCUUUUUAUUAAAGUUUAUAUCCAAAACAUUUCUCUGUACAACAGCAGACUGUUAGUAAGCUUUGGGAACUAAGGAACACAUUUCAGCUAAAGACACAGAUCUUUUCAGCUAAACACACAGAUCUUUCUCAGGAUUUGGUGAAAAUCUGAUUAGAAUCAAUCAG